AAAAAGACUGUCUGCUUUUUACAAACUUAUUGACAGGACUACCUAAUACUAAUCUGAGUUUUCAUUCAAGAUGGAUUUGACCGAUGAAAACAACCUUUACCCCAGAGAUAAAAACCAAGAAUUACCAAGGGCUUGGAAACUACCACCAAUAGGAGACAGUGUAAAGAGCUGUCUAGAAGAAAUUCCACAUCCCCCAACCCCGCCCGCUUUAAGGAAAUACCGUAGCAGUAAUAGACCAGAACCAGAAGCCAUUACAGUGGCUCCAUGGAAGGCAAAUGACCCAGAUGUUGCCAGCGCUCUGGUUCACGGCAUCAGGACCAAAUCAUCCCUCCCCGUCUCUGACUUGAUAGCUCCUCCCAAAAAGACGGACCUCAAACAGAAGUUAGAGGAGCUCAGUGAGUCUAUUUAUGCUUCCAACAGGAAGGCUCCGCUUGGCCGAACACCUGUCACAGACCUACCUGCAUGGUACAGCGAAAAAACUACGUUUGGUCUUAAAACAGUUAAAGGACAGGAUGCGCGUCAGCUCAUCAACCCACCAAAAACAACAGAAGAGUUGGAGAAGGAAGCUCUUGAGGGACAUGAAGCUUACAUUCAGAGUCACAAUUCCUAUUUUCCGGGUGAGCAAAUUGACAGAAAGUAUGAAUCUAAUAACUUCAAUAAAAAGAGCUGCUUUGGGAUUCCCACGCCACACUUCAGCGACGGCCGUAAUCUCUGCAAAGCUCUUCGCGGGUUAGACUCUUGCAGGAUAAACUUUCCAAAUCCCAGUUGGAAGAGAGCUGGGACCAAAGAAAAACUAGCUUUACAACUUGGCCAAACCACCAACAUAAGGAAAAAUACUUUGACCCUUCCAUCUGAAUUCAGACUUGGGAUUGUCACUCCAUCACAUCCAUGCGGUGCUGGAGAUUUUAUCUACUGUACCGAGCCGGGGGAAUUUGUGAAAGGUCUAGACGUUCAACGAGGCUUAGUUAGCGCACUGAGACACCGCCUUAAGAUAGCAAACUUGCAAAACUUCCCCUCUCUGCUAAAAGCUUUCAGAUAUUAUGACAAGAAAGGACAGGGUCUGAUUGACAAAGAAGACCUGCAGGCAGUCUGUCAUGAAUUCAACCUGGAAAUAAGUGAUAAAGUCCUGGAUGAUCUGAUGGAAUACUGUGAUACAGACAAGGAUGGAUUCAUCAACUUUGUGGAAUUUGCUAAUUUCCUAAACUGGAAGAACAGGAUGCCGAUCAGCGAGUGCCGCUCCUACUCUGCUGCAGUCAAUGUGGGCAGAAAACCUUCAUCAGAGCCACAACAACCUCUUUUCCCCCAGGAUUUGAUCCGGCCUGAGGACCUGGAGCCCAUCGAACCAGGCAGCUCACAGAAAACUGUCAGGACACUCAGGAGACCCAAGGCAUCUUCAGACCACUUCUCCACCGCUGCCUCAGAGAUAGGGGCUUACAUUGAUGUGCCGCCUAAAUUAAAUGGCCGCACCUAUGGGAUCCCAUCCGGGCGCUUUGACAUUCCAGCUCCACGUAUCAAAAGAAUCAAUGACAGGAUCAACUACAGUGAUUUAUCCACAGCUGCAGAUGUCAUAUUUCCACCAGUUUAUGCUCAAUGGGGCGUUCAAAAGGAGGACUUCUUCUGUCCUCGCACCAAGAAGGAGAUUCAUCAGAUAUUCAUGAAUAUUGGUGCGAACAUUUCUGAGGAAACAUUUGAGGAGGCCUGGAAGCUGGCCGCCUUGAAGCACCCACAUGGAGAAGUUUGUGUGGAUGUCUUCCAUAACACACUCAAGGAAAUAAAAGCAUUGUAA